AUGGAGCCGACCCAGGCCACCCAGCCUACACAGCAGUCACCUAGCACUCAGGCUCCCUCGACGGAUCCUAAUCAUUUGUGCCGUCUAAUCUGUACCACUGGGCAAUACACUUUUUUUGACUUUAAUAUAAGCGGCGGCAAGAAGAGUUGGAGCUUUGGAAGAAACCAGGAAAACGAUUUUAUACUAAAUAACAGCACGCGAUAUCUGAACAAACACUUCAAGUUCUGGUUCAACAUCGACGGUAAGACGUUGUGGGUUCAAGACACGUCUACAAAUGGUACUUAUUUGAACAAUAAUCGACUAGUGAAGGGGUCUAAUUAUAUGCUCAACCAAGGUGAUGAGGUAUCAGUGGGGAAUGGUGUCAGAAAAGAUGAAUUGAAGUUCGUGGUGUUAUUCUCUGACUUGUUCAAUCCCAGUAACCACAAUUCAACCAUCAAAGACGAAGGCAUAUAUAAGGAUUUUAUUGUUCAUAAUGAAACCAUCGGUCAGGGAGCGUUUGCUACCGUAAAAAAAGUUAUAGAGAGGGCUACCGGCGAUGCGUAUGCUGUCAAGAUUAUCAACAAGCGGAAGGCUUUGAAUACAGGCGGAGGUAUGGUUGAAGUAGAGAGAGAGUUGAGCAUUUUACGCAAGUUGAAUCAUCCCAAUAUCGUCAAACUUAAGUCCUUUUAUGAGGAUUUGGAUAACUACUAUCUUGUGAUGGAGUUUGUUCCCGGUGGAGACCUCAUGGAUUUUGUGGCAGCAAAUGGGGCUAUCGGUGAAGAGGCCACCAGAGUUAUAACCAAGCAAAUAUUGAAAGGGAUUCAUUAUGUGCAUAGUAAAGGAAUAAGUCACCGGGACUUGAAACCUGACAACAUCCUCAUCAUGAGUGAUGAUCCAAUUGUGGUGAAAAUCAGUGAUUUUGGUUUGGCCAAGAUCAGUGAUAAUUCAACCUUCAUGAAAACAUUUUGUGGUACUUUAGCCUAUGUUGCACCCGAGAUAAUCACGGGGAAAUAUGGAGCCUCACAACCCACGCAGACACAGACCCAAUCACAAUCCCCAAAUACAUUGUACGACAAUUCGGUGGACAUAUGGUCAUUGGGCUGUUUGGUUUAUGUUUUGUUAACAUCUCACUUACCAUUUAAUGGCAAAACACAAAACCAAAUGUUUUCUAAAAUCAAAUCUGGACAGUACCAUACUAGUCCUUUGAACAUGUACAAAGUUAGUGAGCUCGGACUUGACUUCAUCAAAAACUGCCUUAUUGUAAAACCAGAAGAUAGAUUCACCACUGAACAAGCAUUGAACCACGAAUGGAUUAAGUCUAUUGAUGAUGGCAUGGGAGAUGACCUUGAGUUUCCCGCCAAUGGAGGCUCGCAGUCCCAAAGACUCAGUUUAUCACAAUCACAAUCUCAGCAACUACGAAAGAUUGACAACGGCAUUUCAAUCACCUCCAACAAUCAAAUCGAUGAUCAAGACCAAGAUAUGAUGAUGAGGCCAUUAAAGAAAGAAGAAUUCAAGGUUCCCAAAAGAGUGGUUCCUUUACCACAAAGUCAGCCAGUCAAGCGAGAUAACGAUGAUUUCACGAAAGUCAAUGGUUUUAUCAAACAAUCAACUACUCAAGCAGUAAGUGGACAACCCAUGGAGGGCCCCCAGAAAAAAUUCACAAACUUGCCUCUUGAUACAUUUAUCAUGCUAGAACCUACUAAAGACCUGAUGCUUGAUAAGCCUAUUGUCAUACGACAAGGUAUCAACCCAUACGCAAUAGGCAGAAAUGAAACCUGUGACACUUACAUCAACGAUGACAGAAUGUCGAAAAUACACUGUUUGUUAAAUAGAAGAAGGCAUCCGGUGAUGGAGCUCAGCAUUUAUGAAAGUCCCGCUCAUUGUCUUGAAGAUAUAUGGCUUCUUGAUUUUAGCACCAAUUCUUGCUUUCUCAAUGGUGGAAAGAUUGGUAAGGGGAAUAAGAUCCAGAUAUUUGAUGGGGACAGGUUGGAUCUUUUCGUAGACCAGUACACCCAUGAAGGAUUAAGCUACACUAUUCAUAUUAUUGAUAAGACUGGUUUGUUCAACGAAGGGAAAAGGGUGAACCAGUCUUUGGUAAUUAAACAGGAUGCUAAUGACCAAAAGUUAAGACCUAUGCCAGUUGACUCGGUAUUGAAUUCUGUCAUUGGUAAUGGUGGAAACUUCAAUAGUGCCUUGAGAUCGCAAAAGAAAAGACAAGGUCUUGAAAAUUCCAACUCUGUGGUCAAGAGAGCAGAUCUUAAGGUAGAGAACUUUCCCGCUGGAAGGUCGUGGAUAGAAUAAGGACGUACUAAAAGUAUAUGUAUAGACACCAUAAUGAAGAUUUCGUAAGAUUUAA